UAGUGUUAGUUCGCGUUCAACCGAACACCCGUGCGGUAGUGUGCGCCUCGCCGUCGUCACCGCCGCCGCCGCCGUCACGGUCGUACAAGCCGAAUCGGAAAUCGACUUCCGCACCGGAGCACGACGACCGUUAUAACUAUCGCGUGCGAGUGAAAUUCUAGACGGUCCAUUAUAUUAAUAUGAUUAUCACAAAUGACGUAGCCGCGGUCUCAUAGCGUCUUUUACACACAGCAUGUCCAAUCGUUGGACCGCCACACUCCGAUAAUUUUUUUCGAGAGUACCCGAUAACGUGACAAACCGAUAUUAAUGAAAUCCGUAUGCGUAUAACUACACUACUACAAUGUGCGUGCGAUUUGUUUCACGUUGUACGUCGAUAGAGUUUAAUAAUAUCAGUUAGAGUUAUUAAUAUCAUACGAUGCCAGCCGGUCGCCGCCACGGUCGUGGUGUUCACUGCCGUCAUGUGUUAGCCGUAGACUUAACUAUGGUAAUAGUAUCGGUGUCUAUCAGCGGAAGAGUUAAAGUAGUAGGAGGAGGAGGAGGAGGAGGAGGAGUAGAAGACGGUGUGCUUUGCUCUGCGACUGAGUUCAGCCCGAUUGCCGGGUGAUUUGCGUGUUUACAUACACUGACGAUUUGACUGAUAACAAACACACACUGAAAUCGUCACUGGUAUCUAAAGCCAAGUGUUGAUUGCUCAGCAUUCCAAAGUAAUUCAAAAAGCUGUGACUGCUGACAUUUUGUCGUUUGCCUGGUAUAAGUCAUUUUUUUCACAAGAGGUCCUUUUCUAAGGAUAUUGUAGUAGAUGGUUCGUCAUUGUCUGUACUACUUCAUCAGACUAUCCAGAUUUGAAAACGCGAACGGGUCAUGAGUUUUGUUUGGUGGAAGGAUUUCCGGAGAAAGAGACCCCCGGCAGGCCAGCAGACGUGGAGGAAAUUUGACUAUUGGCGACAGACCACCGUCGACAACUUGGUCUAUCAACUGGUGAUGUCCUCAGUGAAUACCUAAUAACUAUCGUCAUCCUCUCCCUUUACCUACGCCUUCGACGGCCAUAUUUACUUUCUGUUUGCUUGGAUUGAUCCACUGCCACGAGUACCACAAUGGAAUCACUAGACGUAGCCGAAAACUUAUCCAGUCUGUCGGGCAUGGUAUUCAAAAUCGACCAGAACGAGUUCGGGCUCCUGGUAGACCAGAACGACACAGGUUACCUAAACGAUACCAAUGUCACAAUGGACCCUAACCGAACGUAUUACAUUUUUGAGUCUGUUUACCCGUCGACGUACUCGAUACCGGAAAUAGUUGUUGCCUCAGUCGUGGUAAUCAUGCUCAUGAUCGUCGUUGUUGUGGGCAAUAUGCUAGUCAUCAUUGCUAUCGUGACAGAGAAAGCACUGAAAAACGUGCAAAACUGGUUCAUCGCUAGUUUGGCUGUGGCUGACUUCUUCCUGGGUAUAAUUGUCAUGCCAUUUUCGUUGGCUAACGAAUUGAUGGGCUAUUGGAUAUUUGGAGAUUGGUGGUGUGACAUACAUGCCGCACUUGACGUACUCCUAUGCACCGCAUCUAUCAUGAACUUGUGUUUGAUAGCUCUAGACAGGUACUGGUCCAUUACGCAGGCCGUUGACUAUUUGAAGAAACGCACACCAGCCCGGGCAAUGGUCAUGAUUGGUUUCGUGUGGAUAUUCAGUGGCGUCAUUUGCAUACCACCUCUGCUUGGCUGGAAGGUCAAGAGGGUGCCUGAACGAUAUCCAAAAUGCGAGCUGAGCGAGGACUUGGGCUACCGGAUAUAUUCGGCACUAGGUUCGUUCUACAUACCGUCGUGCAUAAUGGUGUUCGUCUACAUCCGGAUAUACUUCGCGGCCAAGGCGCGAGCGCGGCGGGGCAUCCGGAAACCGCCGUCGAAGCCGAAAAAGGGUGCGGCCAAGGCCGCAAAGGCCGCCGCCGCGGCGACCGCGGCCGCGCAGAGCCCGUCGACCGUGUCGCAGACGACCAGCUUCAUCACGCGGCCGUCGCCGGCCAGCGUCCCGCUGACCGCCUUCCGGUCUCCGCCCGCCACGCCGGUCAACACCACGCUUCCGGUGAUCGCUUGCGACUACGCCAGCGACGCGAGCACCAGCGACGUGAGCAAGGACGGCGACAAGGACACGCUCAAGGUGUUCACCACGCAGGGCAGUCGCCGGCUGACGAUCAACGGCGACCUGGGCGGCGGUGGCAGCGGCCGGUGCCGGGCGUCCAGCGUUGCCGUGGACACGGACAUGGUCAGCGAGCUGGAACCGUCGUCGUCCGACUCGGGCAACGUGCAGAAGUGCGGCGCCGUCAAGCCGGUCAAGUCGCGGCUGUGCAAGCCGAUAUUCGGCGUCGGCCGCAAGUCGGCCAAGGCGGCAUCGGCAAAGGCCAAACGGGACAUACUGGACACGGGCAAGGUGUCCAUAGCCUGCCGCAGCGGUGGCGGUGGAGGCGACGGUCACCACCAGUACGGUUCCGGUGCCUCGAACGCGGCUCACGGCGGCGUGACCCUGGAUCCGGUGCCGUGUCAGCCGCGGCCCAAGCCCCGGGACCCGGAGCGCGAGAAGCGGCGCAUCGCCCGGAAGAAGGAGAAGCGCGCCACGCUCAUACUCGGCCUCAUCAUGGGCUCGUUCAUCGCCUGUUGGCUGCCGUUCUUCUUCAUGUACAUACUGAAGCCGCUGUGCCCGGUGUGCUACAUCCCGCCGCAGGCUUUCGCCAUCGCCUUCUGGCUGGGCUACAUGAACUCGGCCAUCAACCCGGUCAUAUACACGAUAUUCAACAAGGACUUCCGGCGCAGCUUCCGGCGGGUGCUGUUCAAGUGAUGCGAGUCGUCGCCGCGCCUCCGACCCGGACGUGGUCCCCCUCCCGCCCCAUCGCUGUACAACUCGUACGACAGUGGAUCCUCGUCCUCCCCCCCGGCCAUCCUAUUCGACGCGCACCGUCGUCUUUUCUUCUUAUACUCGUUCUUUCGUAUCUUCCACGUUCUCGUUCAUCUUGUUCUCUCGUGAUCGCCGUCAUCAUUAUUAUUAUAAAUUGUUGUUGUUACUGUUACCGUCGUUAUUAUUAUUUAUCGUUGUAUAUUAUCACACAUGCGUACGUGAAAUACUGUCUAUCAUCUCCACCCACCCACCCCGUUCAUGUAAGCGCACGGUUCAAAUACAAAAACCGUACAUCCGGCGUAAUAGUCCCAUAACUAGCGAUCAAACAUACGAAUAGCGAGUCAGUAAACUUUCCUCUAAUUUUACAGUGAAAUUCAAAAAAUUAUAUUAUUUAUUUAUUUAAUUUUAUUUUAUUUUUUAUUAUUAUUAUUUUUUUUUUUGAUACCUUUACAACUACCACACUCGACAUUUUAACACCAACCGCAGGUAAAUUAUUGCGCAACGAAUUCAAAACGAACGCCACGCAUACUUACUCGUGUACACACACAUGUUACAUAGUUAUGCGUGUAAAAUGUAGUCGGUAUUCAACACUGGUGUUGUAGAGUAAUAUGAGGCGUAUUCGAAAAGGCCAUUUCAAGUAAAAAUUGGGUUCCCGGAUUACGAGUUACGAUGGUAAAAGUCUACAAAAUGUAUCGAUAAUAUCAUGAAUAAAAUAAAUACGUUUUAAACUUUUAUUUGUCCAUUUUAAAAA